CCUUCUUCUUCCACCUCCGUCCGUCGACUCUCUCCUGUCGUGUCCUGGGAAACGAACCGCUUCUCUCCCGGCUCGACCCGUCGUCGUCGAUGGCUCCGGUGAAGAAGAAGAAGAAGCCUCUGGAUAAGGCGAAAAAUUUGGCGAAGAAAUCGAAGAAGAAAGACAAGAAGAGAGUCAACGCAGUGCCUUUGGAUCCGGAGGCUAUCGACUGCGACUGGUGGGAUACUUUCUGGCUCCGAAACUCUUCUCUCUCAGGUGUUUCGAUCCCCUUAGACGAAGAUGAUGCGUUCAAGCACUUCUUUAGGGCUUCUAAGACUACCUUUAGCUACAUUUGUUCCCUCGUCAGGGAGGAUCUUAUCUCUAGACCUCCCUCUGGACUCAUCAACAUCGAAGGAAGGCUUCUUAGUGUUGAGAAACAAGUCGCCAUUGCUCUUAGAAGGUUGGCCUCCGGUGAUUCUCAGGUCUCCGUAGGUGCUGCCUUUGGUGUUGGCCAAUCCACUGUUUCUCAGGUUACAUGGAGAUUCAUCGAGGCACUUGAAGAACGUGCCAAGCAUCAUCUUAGAUGGCCAGAUUCUGACCGAAUCGAAGAGAUCAAGUCAAAGUUCGAGGAGAUGUACGGUCUCCCCAAUUGCUGCGGAGCCAUUGAUACAACGCACAUCAUCAUGACUCUCCCUGCUGUGCAAGCAUCUGAUGACUGGUGUGACCAGGAGAAGAACUACAGCAUGUUCUUACAAGGAGUCUUUGAUCACGAAAUGAGAUUUCUCAACAUGGUUACCGGCUGGCCUGGCGGCAUGACCGUCUCCAAGCUUCUCAAGUUCUCUGGCUUCUUCAAACUCUGUGAAAACGGUCAGAUUUUAGACGGAAAUGCUAAAACUCUAUGUGAAGGAGCCGAGAUAAGAGAAUACGUAGUUGGAGGGAUCAGUUACCCGCUUCUUCCUUGGCUUAUAACUCCUCAUGACAGCAAUGAUCCCUCUGAUUCCAUGAUGGCGUUCAGUGACAGGCAUGAGAAGGUCAGGUCAGUCGCAACUACUGCCUUUCAACAGCUUAAGGGAAGCUGGAGGAUUCUGAGCAAAGUAAUGUGGAGACCAGACAGGAGGAAGCUACCUAGUAUAAUACUGGUGUGUUGUUUGUUGCAUAACAUCAUAAUCGACUGUGGGGAUUAUCUUCAAGACGAUGUUCCUUUGUCUGGUCAUCACGACUCCGGUUAUGCAGACCGGUACUGCAAGCAGAGCGAGCCGCUUGGUAGUGAGCUCAGAGGAUAUCUGACUGAGUAUUUGCUUAGCCCUACUCCAGCAAAGGAGGAAGCCGGAGAGAAACCAAUGGCCUCUGGCGGCGGAGAGGCGGAUAAAUCACUUGAAAUCGGGUCCGGGUCCGCGGAUCCCAAAUUAGGCGGUGCUGGGAGCAGGAGCGCCGGAGAAGAACGAUACUUCAGGGCCGAUAAACUGGAUUUCAGUAAAUGGGAUUUGCAUAUGGGUCAAACCUCUAGUAGCAGCGUCGUCACCAAUAAUUCCGCUUCGACGAGCGCUCCGGCACCGGCGAUGCAGGAAUGGGAGAUUGACCUCUCCAAACUCGAUAUGAAGCACGUCCUCGCUCACGGCACUUACGGCACUGUCUACCGCGGUGUCUACGCCGGCCAAGACGUCGCAGUCAAAGUAUUAGAUUGGGGAGAAGAUGGUUACGCCACCGCAGCUGAAACUGCAGCUCUGCGUACUUCCUUCGAGCAAGAGGUCGCCGUCUGGCAGAAGCUCGAUCAUCCCAACGUUACUAAGUUUAUAGGAGCAUCCAUGGGAACCUCUGAUCUGCGGAUCCCUCCUGCUGGUGAUACUGGCGGACGUGGUAACGGUGCACAUCCUGCGAGGGCCUGUUGUGUUGUGGUUGAAUAUGUUGCCGGAGGCACGCUCAAGAAGUUCCUCAUCAAGAAAUAUAGGGCCAAACUACCCAUCAAGGAUGUCAUUCAGCUCGCUUUGGAUCUCGCCAGAGGGCUUAGCUACCUCCACUCCAAGGCGAUUGUACAUCGGGACGUCAAGUCAGAGAACAUGCUGUUACAACCUAACAAGACGCUGAAGAUCGCUGAUUUCGGGGUAGCUAGAGUCGAAGCUCAGAACCCUCAAGACAUGACGGGUGAAACUGGAACACUUGGAUACAUGGCACCAGAGGUUCUUGAAGGAAAGCCUUACAACAGGAAAUGCGAUGUCUAUAGCUUUGGGGUAUGCCUCUGGGAAAUAUACUGCUGUGACAUGCCCUAUGCUGAUUGUAGUUUUGCUGAGAUCUCUCACGCCGUCGUUCAUAAGAAUCUGAGACCAGAGAUUCCGAAAUGCUGCCCGAAUGCGGUGGCAAACAUCAUGAAGAGAUGCUGGGACCCGAAUCCAGACAAGCGUCCGGAGAUGGAGGAGGUGGUGAAGCUGCUGGAAGCCAUAGACACAAGCAAAGGCGGUGGAAUGAUAGCUCCAGACCAGUUUCAGGGGUGCCUCUGUUUCUUCAAACCUCGGGGCCCCUGAAUCCUGAUCUCUCUCUCUCUCUUUCCUUUUGCUCCGUGUCUGAUGAUAUUCUUGAGAGCUGCGUGAUUCUUUGGAUUUUUGUAAAACUUUGAGAUAUGGGAGUUGGAUUGGUGUGGGUUUUGUCAUAAGAAUCUUACUGCUCUCUAUGUAUUUUAUACUAAACACAGUCUGUGUAUAAAUCGAUAAAGCUUGAUUUUUUUU